CGACGCCGAACGCACGUUCGAGAUGAGCGACAAGGAGAACAAACCCAAGCGAGGCACCGUCCCGACCGCGGCGCCGAGCUACGGCCCGAACCCGGCGCCCGUGGCCACCGUGGUCCAGUAUCCCGCGACGGCUCACCAGAACCCCUACGAGAUCCACCAGGGAGGAUACCCCCGGGGGGCCCUAGGGGUGAGCCCCGGGUUGCACGCGCCGCCCCCGUUCCUCCCGCCGCCCACGUAUCCGCCGUUGUGGCCCAUGGGCGACACGCGCGGCAUCCACACCCGGAUGAUGCACCCCGACAGCCGCGCGUACACCUCCAACCUCUUCGACUGCUUCGACGACCUACCCACGUGCCUCGGAGGGACGUUCUGCACGCCGUGCCAGGUGGGCCGCGCCGCGUCGGACGCCAAAGCCGGCGACUGCUGCGCCACCGGCUGGAUCAUCCUCGGCCUCUCGCAGCUCAAUCAGCUGCUGCCCGGCCUCGGUAACGUCGCGAGCGGCGGGUACCUGGCGCACAUCGCGAACAGAGCCGCGUCGAAUUACGGAAUUCAGGAGCACACCGACGUGCUCACCGCGUGCUUCUGCGCGCCGUGCGUGUCGUGCAGGCUGGCGAGGGAGGUCAAGAACAGGGCGGAGAUGGGACAGGAGCCCGUGGACUGGCGUCUUCUCGCGGCGGCGCCCCCCGGGGCGUAUUCGGCCCCCGCCGCGCCGGUGAUGGACGCGGCGACGCAACGACAUCAUCAUCAAGCGCCCGCGCCGACGAGGAGGGCGGCGCCCGUCGAGGCGUCCGGUAGCUCGGCGGCCCGGGAGAGCGUCGUGACGUACGUGGCGGUGGUUGACUCCCCCGCGGGCGAGUACGGGGUGGCGAGGCCCAACGGCGAUUGACCGGCGAGGCGGAACACUGUUGUACAAUAGCAUCGUCUCAACAAGAGACUCGUCUUUGUGAUGAUGUGAAGAAAAAACCGCGAGAUUUGAGGUG